CUAUAAUCUCUGACUGCUAUUGAUUGGUCGACGAGGAGAUGUGAAAAAUGGCUGCCUUGCCCUCUCCUACUCAGGUGGCAGGGACCCACUGUGCUAUAUACGAAGCUUAUUAUCAUCAAGUUGACCCCAAUGGCACUGGGGCCAUACAGGCUCCCGAGGCUGCGAGGUUUCUCAAAAAGUCCCAACUUAGCGAUGUUGUACUCAGCAAGAUCUGGGAUCUGUCCGAUCCCACGGGGAAGGGCUACUUGGACAGACCGGGCCUGUUCGUGGCGCUGAAACUGGUCGCGCUGGCGCAGGCCGGCAAGGACAUCAACAUGAGCAACAUACACUCGGAGACGCCGCCGCCCAAAGUGGGCGAGAUACCAAAGGUGCCUCCCGGCGGGAUGCCGCCGGCACGGCCCGCGGCGCCGUCGCCGUCGCCGGCGCAGGCGCGGGACAAGGAGCCGCCGGUGGUGGACUGGAGCAUCAAGCCGGCCGAGCGCGACAAGUACAACCAGCUGUUCGACUCGCUGCAGCCCAGCAACGGCCUCAUAGCCGGCAACAAGGUAAAAGGAAUGUUGGUGGAGUCCACUCUACCGAUAGACAUACUGGGCAGAAUCUGGGACCUGGCCGACCAGGACAAAGAUGGCAUGCUCGAUAGGCACGAGUUCAUGGUGGCGAUGCACCUGGUGUACAAGGCGCUGGAGACGCGGCUGGUGCCGGCCACGCUGCCGGCCGAGCUGCGCAGCCGGCCGGCGCGGCCGCCGUCGCGUCCGCCGUCCCGCCCGCCCUCGCGGCCGCCCUCGCCGCAGCCGCGCCCGCCGCCCCGCCCACACGCGCCCGUCUCGCAACCGCAACCGCAACCGCAACCGCAACCGCCGCCCUCCAACGCCACGCUGCUCGAGGGUCUGCUCGAUCUUUCUAGUCCGCCUACCCAGACGGCGCCGGUGUCGUCGUCGCUGGCGGGCGGCGGUGCUGGCGGCGGUGUGACGUGGGUGGUGACAGCGGCCGAGCUGGCGCAGGCGGACGCGCAGUUCGCGGCGGCCGACGCCGACCGUGACGGCUUCGUGUCGGGCGCCGAGAUCAAGGACACCUUCCUGCAGACUGGCCUGCCGCAACACACGCUCGCGCACAUAUGGGCGCUGUGCGACACGGGCGGCGCCGGCAAGCUGUCGCGCGAGCAGUUCGCGCUCGCCAUGUGGCUGGUGCGGCGCGCGCUGCGCGGCCAGCCGCCGCCGCCCGCGCUGCAGCCGCACCACCUGCCGCCCUCCUGCCGCCCGCACGCGCACCACCUACACCAGCAACAGAUCGAGCCUGUGAGCCUGGGCCCGCAGCCCACGCCGGAGAUGGAGGCGAUCGCGCGCGAGGUGGACGCGCUGGCGCGGGAGCGGCUGGCGCUGGAGGCCGAGCUGGCCGCCAAGCAGCGGGAGCUCACCGUCAAGGGCGGCGAGGCCGACAGCCUACAGAGCGAGCUGGACACUCUGACGGCCACAUUAAAACAGUUAGAAAACCAAAAAGGCGAAGCACAAAAAAGGCUAAACGACCUGAAGUCACAGGUGGAGAAGCUGCGGUCGCAGGUGGCGGCGCAGGAGGCGGCGGCGGCCGAGACCGAGGCGGAGCUGGCCGCGCGCCGCGCCGCCGCCGCCUCGCUGCGCGACCGCGAGCGCGCGCUGCACGACGAGCUGCGCGCGGCCGACCUGCACGCGGACGCCGCCACCGCCCAGCUGCGCCGCACCGUGCUCGCCGUCAGCCAGGCGAACAUUAAAAUAACACAUUUAGAAGAACAAUUAAGGCUAAUAGAGACGGCUUCGGAAGCCCUAGCGGCGAGUACGGCGGGCAGCGUGGCUGCGCACGCGCACCUGACGCUGCAGCCGCAGUUCUCGCAGCAGCACCUCGAGCGCAUAGUGCGCGGCGCCACGCCCAGCGAUGCGCUUGAGGACGAGCCGUUCGCGAGCGAGUUCUCGUCGAUGAACGGGUCGGCGCGGGCGGCCGCCGACCCCUUCGCCGCCGCCUUCCCGCCCGCCGACCCCUUCGCGCCCGCCGCCAGCACCGCCACCGCCACCACCACCACCACCAACCAGAUACAGGACGGCUUCAGUACGGAUCCGUUCGCGUCGAGCGCGGACCCGUUCGCCGGCGACGCGUUCGCAUCUACAGACAAUACUAAAACUAACAGUGAUGCGGCGAGUGCUGGCGGUGCUGGUGCUGGUGGUGCUGGUGCUGGUGGUGCUGGUGGCGGCGGCGCGUGGGAGGAGGAUCCGUUCGCGGUGCUGCACGCGCCGAGCCUGCCGCCCAAGGCGCACAAGGUGCCGCCGCCGCGCCCCGCGCCGCCGCGCCCCACGCCGCCGCACAAGACCCGCGCCAACACUAUGGACUUCACCGAGGACCCCUUCAAGGACUACAGGUACGAGGAUCCGUUCAAUAUAGAGGACCCGUUCGCUGACGCCGUCGACUCAAACAAGACUGACAUGUUCACGAGGCCUAUGUCAGUGGCCGCCGCGGGCUUCGAGACCGACGACUUCUUUGGGACCACCCCCACCGCUAACGGCACCUUCACGCGCCACGACAAGCGCAGCGGCCGCGCGUCCGCUCCCCCCGUGGCGUACGACCCGUUCGCCACCCGCUCAGACUUCAAGACGACCGCUGCCCCCACAGAUACCAACAGCAAUACAUGGGCGGCGUGGCCGAACGACGACUGGGCGACGGACGACGCCUGGUCCAAACCGACUAGCCCGCCCAAAGACACGUGGUCCGCCAAAAACACUAACUCGACAAGUACCGACUGGAAGACCGAUAACUGGGCGAACAAGUCUGAGAACUGGGCGGUGGACUGGGGCUCUGACCACAACAAGAACCUGAACGAAACGUGGCCCUCGAACACGCUGCCCAGCAAAAAAGAGAAGUCGCCCAAACCGGUCAAGUAUGCCAGGUCACUGGUGAACACGAUAGGCGGGAUAGGGCGGAGUAGACAGAAUAAAGAAAAGAAGUCGAAAGCGACAUCAUUGGAGGCCCGCAGCGCUGAGUUCUUGCCGUCAGAGGAGCAGCAGUGGGCGUGGGCGGCGGCCGAGUCUAAAAAGCUGGAGGACGAGGCCGAGGCUAGGCGGAGGCAGGAGGACGUCGAGCUUCAGCUAGCUCUGGCGAUAUCGAGGCAAGAGAAGUGACCUCGAUGCGGCAUCGAGCUGGAUUUACUCGGUAAGAAAGGUUUGGACGUCACGAUGCAGGAGUCGAUGCGUUUUUUUGUUCGUCCAUCUUUGUUUCACGAUUAUGUACCUAAAUGUACAGUUAAUUUGAUAUAAUAGUAAGUGGUCAAAGUAAGAAUAGAAGAUCGCUGUAGGAAGGCCAAUGACCUUGACCUGUCGACAGGUACUUGAAAAGUACAGUUUGCUGUAUAAUUUGAAAGGAAAAUAAUUUUGUAUAUAUAACAUUUAUUUAACUAUUAGAAUUACUUUUGACAGCUAAGCUAACAAUAUGGUGGGCAGUUAGCCCUAUUCUUACUCUGAUCACACUAUAAUUGUUUUGUAUUAAGAAAAAGAGAUUCAGCAUUCCACGAACUAGACAGUUUUGUUACCAUCAUCAAGAAGAGACUGGUAGGUCUUGUUUAGUCUGUGCAGCCUCAGAUCUUGGGUUCGUAUAAAUGUCUCGAUUGAUUGAUCUUAAUCGAGAUAUUUUAUCGAUACCAUUUUGUAAUACUCGAUAUGUCACUCGAAUUUUGAUAUUAUGCCAUAAAGUAAUUAUUGUUUUUUUUUUGUUAAUUUUUAUUUCUAUGUAAAUAAAUGUAUCUGAAAUUAGUUAACAAUUAUCAAAUUUAUUUUUUAUAAUGGCAACACUGAACCGCUUAUUUGUAUUUAGAUAAGGGCGGCACGAGUUAACUUCUGAUGGUUGCAACAGAAUCGGCAUUGACAUGUAUAGAUUAAAAACGUCUUGUUAUUUUAUUUUUUUUAUGCUUUUAAUAAGCUUCGAAUUAAUGUAUCACUAGUCAAAUUGUCGUAGGGGUCUCAGGUGAAUCACAGCAUAUUACGUGGUAAAAAUUAACGUCGCAGCUCGGUACAAAAAUGCCGUCGUGUUAAAUAUUAUAUAUAUAUAUUUACCCACUACAGAGAAAUUAUUUAUUAUAAAUAUAUAUAUAUAUAUAUAUAUAUAUAUAUAUAUAUAUAUAUAUA